AUUCUACCAGCACAGUGGAGAGAAAGUGAGAGGGCGGCAGUCAGAGCUAAACGGCUCGAUAGCGAGUGAAGGCAGUCCAAGAAGCAAAGGAUGGGGUGGAAGUAGGUAAACAGAGGAGGAAGAGGAGUGACUGUGAACUAGGACAUCCGAGUCCACGGGAGCAGAGAGACACAGAAGACGCCCAACCUGUUGCGUGAUUGCCGCUGUCACCUGUCGGCCAAGUGAAAGCCUUCGUCUCAACCAGUCGAGCGACUCUCGCCGUGUAACACAGCGUUCUGUUGCUCCCACCCCCACCACCCCCCCAAGACGCAGACGCACGCAAGCUCCCUACGAUGAGCCUUCCCAAGGAGCCGCCCGAGGAUGCCAAGAAACAGAGCUUCUGGAUGCCAGGGAACUACGUGCGCACCGUGCACCGCACCGAGAAGUCCUUCCAGGCCUGCAACGACAUCGUGGCCUGUUUCGCGGAGAGAGCGAAGGUGGAGAAGCAGUACGCCCAGCAGCUCAGCCAGUGGAGCAGCAAGUGGAAGUCCGUCGUGGACUCUCGACCGCUCUACGGCUCGCUCAUGAGGGCGUGGCAAUGCUUCUUCACCUCCACCGAGCGUCUGUCCGCCCUCCACUCCUCCAUCGCCCAGUCCCUGGUGGCGGAGGAGGGAAAGCGCGUUAAAACCUGGCAGAAGGAGACCUUUCCCAAGAAGAUCCUGUGCGGGUUCAAGGAGAGCCACGACAACAAGACGAGCUUUACCCGUGCGCAGAAACCCUGGUCCAAAAAGCUGAUGAAGCUGGAGAAGGCCCGUGUCGCCUAUCACAAGUCCUGCCAGAGGGAGCAAGCGGCGCUGGACAAAGAAAAACAGGCUAACGAAAACACUGAGUUGAGUCCGGAGAAAAAGCAGAAGAUCACCGAGGCCAGAGAGAAGGUCACGGAGGAGAAGGAAAAGGUCAGAGACCGCUACGAGAAGCUCCUGGAGGAUGCGACCUCCUACACCCCGCGCUACAUGGAGGAGAUGGAGGCCAUUUUCGAAGAGUCGCAGGAGGAGGAGAGGAAGAGGAUCAGCUUCCUGAAGCAGGCCUUCCUCUCCAUCCACCGCCACCUCGACGUCGCCAACGAUGAGAGUGUGAAGGCGGUGUACAGCGAGCUCCACCACACGCUGAUGUCCAUCAACGAGGAAGACGACCUGAAGUGGUGGAAGAACAACCACGGCCCCGGCAUGCCCACCGACUGGCCGAAGAUCGACGAAUGGGUCCCGCCUAUAAAAAAGCUAAAUAGAAAGAAAAGAGAACAGAAACAAAAAAAAGAAAAUCGCCCUGUGAUGAUCGGGGGCGUGAAGGUGCGAGCGAUGUAUGACUACGUGGGAGAGGAGGGCGAUGAGCUGUCCUUCAAAGCAGGCGAAGUGUUCCUGAAGGUGGAGGAGGAGGACGACCAGGGGUGGUGUCGAGGAGUCCUCAGCGGAGGGAAAGAGGGCUUCUACCCAGCCAAUUACGUUGAAGUUGUAGAGUGACGUCACACAGUCAAACAGACUUUGUCCUAAACGUAUUUCUUACAAAGAGUUAUUUACAAAUCUUCAACAAAAAAAAAGAUUUUGUUGUAUAAUAUGGUUUGUAACUCCAAAAAUCUGUUCCCCGCCACUUUGACAUGUUAAAUUUGUUGAGGACUUAAUUUUCUAACCUUCUUUGGUUUGAGUGCUUCUGCAUUAUGAACAAUCCAAGACUAAAUAUCACGUUUGUGCAGGAGCUGUAUGUGUAAAUGUGUUUGCGUGUGUUUGCAUGCAUGUGUGCACGUUACAACAAAAGAGAUAUUUAUUUAUCACGUUUGAGUCAACAGGUCGUAAUAAUUAGGACAUCUGAUAUUCUUAAAGUAUGUUUACCCAGGCACAGGUUACACGAUGGGAGCACACAAGGUUAAUGUUUACUUAAGUAUUAUGUAGAGAUACUUUGACUGAGCAAAUUGAUUUUCAAAAUAAAAGAAUUGUUGUUUUGCCUCUAAUCCA